AGGGGAGGAGGAGGUGGCCAGGGACAGGAAAAGGGAGCAGAGGGAGAUGCACCGGGCUAGGGAAAUCCCACCCCAAUUGCCCGAGCCCUCUGAGCGUCUCGUGUCAUCAGACAUGUGUACGCGAUUCCGCUAAUGGGGUGACGAUUGUGGGUGAGUGAGGUUAGGGCACUGCCAGGCACACCCCAUCCCAUGCGAUUCCAGGUGCUGGUUACCUGGCCCACGCAAGGGUUCCCUUUCCCCCCUCUUUUGUUGCACCCUCCCCCACGUGUGAGCGGCGGGGCAGCAGAGGUGGCGCACGGGUUUGGGGAGGUGGGUGAGAUGUAGCGCCUCUGUGGGCAGUGCGGACCUGAGUGGAGAGGUCACACCUCUUUCGGAAAAAAAAAAGAAAGAAAGAAAAAAAGAAAAACCAAGCUAGCUACCAAGGUGAACCCAGAGCGGUUCCCACCUUAAAAUCGGCCCUGCUCGUGACGUCAGGUCGGAAAUAUACCAAAGCGAGCGCCGGCCAGGAGUCUGGGGAGAGCGGCGGCGCGGCGAUUGGGCGACAGGCUGCUGACGCGCGCUGACGCGCGGAGACUUUAGGUGCAUGUUGGCAGCUGCAGUGCGAGCCACAUAAACAAAGGCACAUUGGCGGCCAGGGCCAGUCCGGCGGCUAGCUCAACUCCGCGGUCCCGCUCGCCAGCCCAGCUGGCCGCCUUCCCCUGCUCCCUCCCAGCUCUCGGCGUCUCGGGUCCCUUCGCCCCUCUCGCCCACCCCUCCCCGACCCUGCACCCCGACUCCCAGAGGGAACUACACUUCGGCGGAGUUGAAUGAAUGAAGAGAGACGCGGUGAACUCCUAAGGAGGAGAUCUGACAGGCUGGACUUCCCAUUGCUUUUCUAAAAAUCUUGGAAACUUUGUCCUUCAUUGAAUUACGACACUGUCCACCUUUAAUUUCCUCGAAAACGCCAGUAACUCGGCUGAAGCCAUGCCUUGUGUUCAGGCGCAGUAUGGGUCCUCGCCUCAAGGAGCCAGCCCCGCUUCUCAGAACUACAGUUACCACUCUUCGGGAGAAUACAGCUCCGAUUUCUUAACUCCAGAGUUUGUCAAGUUUAGCAUGGACCUCACCAACACUGAAAUCACUGCCACCACUUCUCUCCCCAGCUUCAGUACCUUUAUGGACAACUACAGCACAGGCUACGACGUCAAGCCACCUUGCUUGUACCAAAUGCCCCUGUCCGGACAGCAGUCCUCCAUUAAAGUAGAAGACAUUCAGAUGCACAACUACCAGCAACACAGCCACCUGCCCCCCCAGUCCGAGGAGAUGAUGCCGCACUCCGGGUCGGUUUACUACAAGCCCUCCUCGCCCCCGACGCCUACCACCCCGGGCUUCCAGGUGCAGCACAGCCCCAUGUGGGACGACCCAGGCUCCCUCCACAACUUCCACCAGAACUACGUGGCCACCACGCACAUGAUCGAGCAGAGGAAAACGCCAGUCUCCCGCCUCUCCCUCUUCUCCUUUAAGCAGUCGCCCCCCGGCACCCCGGUGUCCAGCUGCCAGAUGCGCUUCGACGGGCCCCUGCACGUCCCCAUGAACCCGGAGCCGGCGGGCAGCCACCACGUGGUGGACGGGCAGACCUUCGCUGUGCCCAACCCCAUCCGAAAGCCCGCGUCCAUGGGCUUCCCCGGCCUGCAGAUUGGCCACGCGUCGCAGCUGCUCGACACACAGGUGCCCUCGCCGCCGUCGCGGGGCUCUCCCUCCAACGAGGGGCUGUGCGCCGUGUGCGGCGACAACGCGGCCUGCCAGCACUACGGCGUGCGCACCUGUGAGGGCUGCAAAGGUUUCUUUAAGCGCACGGUGCAAAAAAACGCAAAAUACGUAUGUUUAGCCAAUAAAAACUGCCCAGUGGACAAGCGGCGCCGGAAUCGCUGUCAGUACUGCCGGUUUCAGAAGUGCCUGGCUGUUGGGAUGGUGAAAGAAGUGGUUCGCACGGACAGUUUAAAAGGCCGGAGAGGUCGUUUACCCUCGAAACCGAAGAGCCCACAGGAGCCCUCUCCCCCCUCGCCCCCGGUGAGUCUGAUCAGUGCCCUCGUCAGGGCCCAUGUCGACUCCAACCCGGCUAUGACCAGCCUGGACUAUUCCAGGUUCCAGGCGAACCCUGACUAUCAGAUGAGUGGAGAUGACACCCAGCAUAUCCAACAAUUCUAUGAUCUUCUGACUGGCUCCAUGGAGAUCAUCAGGGGCUGGGCCGAGAAGAUCCCCGGCUUCGCUGACCUGCCCAAAGCCGACCAGGACCUUCUUUUUGAAUCGGCUUUUUUAGAACUGUUUGUGCUGCGAUUAGCAUACAGGUCCAACCCAGUGGAGGGUAAACUCAUCUUUUGCAAUGGGGUGGUCUUGCACAGGUUGCAAUGCGUUCGUGGCUUUGGGGAAUGGAUUGAUUCCAUUGUUGAAUUCUCAUCCAACUUGCAGAAUAUGAACAUCGACAUUUCUGCCUUCUCCUGCAUUGCUGCCCUGGCUAUGGUCACAGAGAGACACGGGCUCAAGGAACCCAAGAGAGUGGAAGAACUGCAAAACAAGAUUGUAAAUUGUCUCAAAGACCACGUGACUUUCAAUAAUGGGGGAUUGAACCGCCCCAACUAUUUAUCCAAACUGUUGGGGAAGCUCCCAGAACUCCGUACCCUUUGCACACAGGGGCUACAGCGCAUUUUCUACCUGAAACUGGAAGACUUGGUACCACCGCCAGCAAUAAUUGACAAACUUUUUUUGGACACUUUACCUUUCUAAGAUCUCCUCUCAUGCACUUCAAAGGAACUGGAAAGAAACCUAAAACUAUCCAGAGGGGGCAAGUCACAAGGGCAGAGAUACCCCCCCUGAGCUGCCUCAGCUCUAGCUGGCCCCCCUCCCCUUCGAUAAACCCCCCAGCCCCUUGAUCCCUAAAGAAAAACAAAACAAAACAAAAAACUGUUGCUAUUUCCUAACCUGCAGGCAGAACCUGAAAGGGCAUUUUGGCUCGGGGGAUCCUGGAUUUAGAACACGGACUACACACAAUACAGUGGUAUAAACUUUUUAUUAUCAGCUUAAAAAUCAGUUUAAUGUUCAGAAGAAAGAUUCCUAAUGUAUGAUGGGAAAUGUUUGGCCACGUUUGGUUGUUGCAGUUAAGACAAAUGUAAUGCACACACACACACACACACACACACACACACACACACACACACACACACACUAAGGGGACCCACAAGUAUUGCCCUUUAAAAGACUUCAAAGUUUUCUGCUGUAAAGAAAGCUGUAAUAUAUAGUAAAACUAAAUGUUGCGUGGGUGGCAUGAGUUGAAGAAGGCAAAGGCUUGUAAAUUUACCCAAUGCAGUUUGGCUUUUUAAAUUAUUUUGUGCCUAUUUAUGAAUAAAUAUUACAAAUUCUAAAAGAUAAGUGUGUUUGCAAAAAAAAUAAUAAUAAUAACUACACAAAAAAGGGACCAGCAUGUUGAUUCUAGGUUGAAAAUGUUAUAGGCACUUGCUACUUCAGUAAUGUCUAUAUUAUAUAAAUAGUAUUUCAGACACUAUGUAGUCUGUUAGAUUUUAUAAAGAUUGGUAGUUAUCUGAGCUUAAACAUUUUCUCAAUUGUAAUAUAGGUGGGCACAAGUAUUACACAUCAGAAAAUCCUGACAAAAGGGACACAUAGUGUUUGUAACACCGUCCAACAUUCCUUGUUUGUAAGUGUUGUAUGUACCGUUGAUGUUGAUAAAAGAAAGUUUAUAUCUUGAUUAUUUUGUUGUCUAAAGCUAAACAAAACUUGCAUGCAGCAGCUUUUGACUGUUUCCAGAGUGCUUAUAAUAUACAUAACUCCCUGGAAAUUACUGAGCACUUUGAAUUUUUUUAAUGUCUAAAAUUGUCAGUUAAUAUAUUAUUUUAUGUUUGAGUAAGAAUUUUAAUAUUGCCAUAUUCUGUAGUAUUUUUCUUUGUAUAUUUCCAGUAUGGCACAUGAUAUAAGUCACUGCCUUUUUUUCUAUGGUGUAUGACAGUUAGAGACGCUGAUUUUUUUUCUGAUAAAUUCUUUCUUUGAGAAAGACAAUUUUAAUGUUUACAACAAUAAACUAUGUAAAUAAACAGAA